AGGAUGAGAUGAGGGAAUCCUGCUCCAAUCCCCUCUCUCUGCUUCCCCUCCAGGCCAAGUGGACGUGGGGGCCGGAUGGACAAGGGGCUGUGCUGUUGGUCAACUGUGACCGGGACAGCCCCGGUGCGGGGGGCCCGGACAGCGGCCAUGCGGCCAUUCGGAGCCCGGCAGACCUGCAGGACAUGUCGGUGAUGCUGCUGCGGACGCAGGGCCCCAGCGCCGUGUUCRCCCAGUGCCAGGUGCUGCUGCACGUGGCCGAGACGGACGCGGACAAAGUGCGGGUUUUCCACGCCACCCGUGAGUGCUCCCRCCAUCCCCUGUCCUACAGAUCUCUCAGCGACCCCACGGCGGGCAAACCCCACAGGAUCUGCUCAUUGGGGCAGCUCCAUUUCCCCUAAACCCUCAUUUAACCCAAAGCCCGUGGUGGGAAUGUUUGGAAACAAUCAAAGGGAAAAGGCUCCAAAGAGGCUUUUCACAAUGGGGCUGCCGGAAUUUCAGCAUUCCCAAGGAGCGGAAACCCACCGCGGCUGCUGGGAUMCGGGCCAGGAUCCGAGCAGCCGAGCAGCCGCGUCCCAUCGGGCAGCUCCUUUGAACGGCCGCGAUCUCCGGCAGCUCGGUGCCCAGAGCAGCUCAGGGCAGCCGGGGKGUCAUUGGAGCCCCGAGCUGAGCGGGGCCGCGCCCCCGGAGCCGGCCGGACCCGCGGGGACCGAGCCCUGCCCUGCCCGGCCCGGGAGGAGCAGCAGCGGUCCCCAGGGAGGAGGCGGCGGUGCCCGCUCCUCUGCCAGCGCUGACAGCGGCGCCCCCUCCCCUCCUCCUCCUCCUAUGUCCGUCCCGGUAGGCAGCGUGGUCACCCCGGGAAUUCGGGGUUUCUCCAGGCACUGAU